CUCAACAGCCGGCAACAUUUCACCCAAAAGCAGACAGCCGGAUCGCCCUGCGCUGACUCGCCUGGUCGGUAGGAAGCGGCUGGUCGCGGCGGGGGUGCUGGGGGUGGUCAUGGUGCUGCUACUGGUCAUUCUCAUCCCGGUUCUGGUUAAUUCCGCGGGAACCUCGUCGCACCUUGAGAUGUUCGGCCCGUGCCGAUGGGUAUGCCAUUACGGCACCAAUUCGCCCACGAGCACCGCCAGGGCGGACACCCUGCGCGAUAACAGCUUUGCGGAGUCCGCACCCACGUUCAUCCAAGGUCCGAAGGGGGAACCAGAGUCAGGGAAGACGGGUCCGAGGGGUCCCCCGGGUGAGCAAGGACCACCCGGUCACCCGGCCGCCGGGGAUAAGGGAGAACCGGGACGCCCGGGUCUACCGGGACCGGCAGGACCGAACACCGCUGCCGGUGCCAUCAGCGCCGCCACCUACAGCACCGUGCCCAAGAUCGCCUUUUACGCGGGUCUUAAAAAGCAGCGAGGAUACGAGGUGCUGAAGUUUGACGACGUGGUGACGAAUUUGGGGAACCACUACGACCCCACGACCGGAAGUUCACCUGCUCGAUCCGGGAUUUAUUUCUUCACCUACCACGUCCUGAUGCGCGGCGGCGACGGCACGAGCAUGUGGGCAGACCUGUGUAAGAACAACCAGGUACGGGCGAGCGCCAUCGCCCAGGACGCCGACCAGAACUACGACUACGCCAGCAACAGCGUGGUGCUUCACCUGGAGCCGGGCGACGAGGUCUACAUCAAGCUGGACGGGGGCAAGGCCCACGGGGGGAACAACAACAAGUACAGCACCUUCUCCGGAUUCAUCCUCUACGCCGAUUAGUGGACCGCGCAGCACCGCGCAGCACCGCGCUCUGGAACUUAUCUAACCCCCGUCCCCCUCAUAUUCAGAAGCCAAAAUAUCCCCCCCCCCACACACACACUGCUCCGGGCCUGUCUCUCCAGCCACUGAACCGGUUUAAUGUUAGAAGAAGAUGCUUGUUUCUUUGGGAAGAGGGUGGUAGGGGCCAUAUUGACACAGUCUCACGCGCGACAAGAACCUCAUCAUCCUUUUUUCGGGGGG